GCAGUGGAUGAUGCAGUGGUUGGUGAAGGCGCUCUGAGCUCUUGAAUUACGCACGCAAAGUUGGGAGCUGAGGCACGCGUUGGAGACAUAUUUUUUUUUGUUGGUAACUUACCGAAGCACUUAACGAAUUGUAACUGCGCGCGCUUGUAGAUUAGUGUUUGCGCGUGAAAUUAGGUGGCAACACAUUCCUCUACUGCUCCGAGGACAGGGCGCGCCACAGGAACGCGCUUUUGGCUUUCUUUAAAAUAUCAGGCAUAAGCCUAACAUUAUGAGGUGCUGCCAUGGCAGGCAAUGGUAAGACAGCUGCGAGGACGCUGGAGGAUUUAACGCUCGAUUCCGGUUAUGGUGGAGCGGCGGAUUCCUUCAGGUCGUCCAGCGUGUCGCUCUGUUGCUCGGACACGCAUCUGUCAUAUGCGCAUGGGGGCAACUGCUGGCAUCUGACUGAAUCCAUGCACAGCAGACACAACAGCUUGGACACGGUCAACACCGUCCUGGCGGAAGACACGGAGAUCCUGGAGUGCUCGGGCCAGUGCGCCAAAUUGCCCGAGCUGGAGGAGGACGUGCCGUGGAGUCUUGGAGAGGUGGAAGGCGCGCUGCGCAAAGACGAGGAUCUGUGCAUGGGGAACGCGUCGCGGGAGAUCCUAGCCAAACUCUCCGUGCUGGUCAGCCGCGCGCUGGUGAGGAUCGCCCGGGAGGCGCAGCGCCUGAGUCUGCGUUACGCCAGAUGCACCAAGCACGAGAUCCAGAGCGCCAUCAAGAUGGUCCUGUCGUGGACCAUCUCCGUGAACUGCAUCACUGCGGCGCUCAGCGCAUUGUCGCUUUACAACAUGAACACGGGUGAUAAGUUCAGUCGGGGCAAGUCAACCAGGUGUGGACUCGUCUUCUCCGUAGGGAAGUUCUUCAGGUGGAUGGUGGAUAGCCGGGUGGCCCUGCGCAUCCACGAGCACGCUGCGAUCUACCUGAGCGCCUGUAUGGAGAGCCUCUUCCGAGAGGUGUUCAGUCGGGUGCUGAGGAGUGCGCUGGUAGAGAAGGAGAACGGAGUGCCAAAGUUUUCCGUGGAGUCCCUGGAACAGGCCAUAAAUAACGAUUCGGAGCUGUGGGGUCUUUUGCAGCCGUAUCAGCAUCUCAUUUGUGGCAAGAACGCAAGCGGUUUAUUGAGUCUGCCGGACAGUCUGAACCUGCACCGUGACCAGCAGCGAGCAGUGAAAACUGGAGAGGGCCAUGCCUACAGCCAGGCUGAACUCCGCACCAUUGAACAGUCCCUCCUGGCGACCCGCGUGGGGAGCAUCGCAGAGCUCAGUGACCUGGUGUCUCGUGCCAUGCAUCACCUUCAGCCACUGCACAUCAUGAACGCCAGCAAUGGAACGCCUGUACACCAGAACUGCACCGGCACCAUGCACUGGGAACCAGAAGCCCUCUACACACUCUGCUACUUCAUGCACUGUCCUCAGAUGGAGUGGGAAAACCCUAAUGUUGAACCCUCGAAGAUCACCCUGCACACUGAGAGGCCGUUCCUGGUGUUGCCUCCGCUGAUGGAGUGGAUCCGGGUGGCCGUGGCGCACACAGAACACCGCCGAAGCUUCUCUGUGGACAGCGACGAUGUACGACAGGCAGCCCGACUGCUGUUACCUGGGGUGGACUGUGAGCCGCGGCAGCUGAAAGCAGACGACUGCUUCUCUGCCACACGGAAACUGGACGCUGCAUCCACAGAAGCAAAAUUCCUGCAGGACCUGGGGUUCCGGAUGCUCAACUGCGGACGAACUGACCUGGUCAAGCAAGCGGUCAACCUGCUCGGGCCAGAUGGCAUCAACAGCAUGAGUGAACAGGGAAUGACCCCUCUGAUGUACUCGUGCGUCCGUGGGGACGAGGCCAUGGUGCAAAUGCUGCUGGACGCUGGAGCAGAUAUCAACAGUGAGGUGCCCAGCUCACUACACAAGCACCCCUCAGUUUAUCCUGACACCAGGCAGGGGACUCCACUCACAUUCGCCGUGUCACACGGACACGUCCCUGUCGUGCAGCUUCUGCUGGAUGCCCGAGCAAAUGUGGAGGGAGCGAUUCAAGAUGGCACAGAGAACUACACAGAGACGCCUCUACAGUUGGCAUCUGCGGCAGGCAACUUUGAACUGGUCGGUCUGCUUUUGGAAAGAGGAGCGGACCCUUUGAUUGGCACCACUUACCGAAAUGGCAUUUCUUCUGGUCCGCUGGGUGAAAUGAACUCGUACAGCCUGGCAGCAUCACAUGGACACAGAAACGUGUUCCGGAGGCUUCUGUCCCAGGUGGAAAAGGACAAGGGGGACGUGCUGUCUCUGGAGGAGAUCCUAGCCGAGGGCUCUGAGACUGUAGAGAGGAGAGUGCCACAGAACGAAGGCACUCUCCGGACAGGCAAGGCCAAACUAAGGGCCCUCCGCGAGGCCAUGUACCACAGUGCCGAGCACGGACAUGUGGACAUUACCAUAGACAUCCGCAGCCUGGGAGUGCCCUGGACCCUGCAUACGUGGCUGGAGUCUCUGAGAACAUGCUUCGUGCAGCAGCGACGGCCGCUGAUCCAAGGCCUGCUGAAGGACUUCAGCUGCAUUAAAGAAGACGAGUACACGGAGGAACUCAUCACGCACGGACUGCCACUCAUGUUCCAGAUCCUUCGAGCCAGCAAGAACGAAGUGCUCAGCCAGCAGUUGUCAGUCAUCUUUACCCAGUGCUACGGGCCUUUCCCAAUCCCCAAACUCACUGAGAUCAAAAAGAAGCAAACGUCUCGUUUGGAUCCACAAUUUCUCAAUAAUAAAGAGAUGUCUGACGUGACGUUUCUGGUGGAAGGAAAGCCCUUUUAUGCACAUAAAGUGCUGCUCUUCACUGCCUCACCAAGGUUUAAGUCGCUGCUCUCUAACAGACCAGCAGCUGAGAACACGUGCAUCGAGAUCAGUCAUGUCAAGUACAACAUUUUUCAGCUGGUAAUGCAGUAUCUCUACUGUGGUGGCACUGAGUCACUGCACAUCAGGAACACUGAAGUUAUGGAGCUCCUGUCUGCAGCCAAGUUCUUCCAACUUGAGGCUCUCCAAAGACACUGUGAAAUAAUCUGCUCCAAGAACAUCACCACUGACACCUGUGUGGACAUAUACAAACAUGCCAAGUUCCUGGGGGCUCUGGAGUUGGGAGGCUUCAUCGAGGGCUACUUCCUGAAGAACAUGGUGCUCCUGAUCGAGCUGGAGAACUUUAAGCAGCUACUGUAUGAGGUUCCAGCAGAGAGCCCCGGUCCAGGCCCAUCCUACGACGUCCUUCAUGACCUCGAGAGAACCCUGGCACUGCGGAUCCGCUCCAUCCAUCUCUCCACUUCCAAGGGCUCCAUCGUCUGACACUUCGGCCAAACUCACACCAACCGCUUCAUACAGCGCUUUCACCGAGAGCUCCAUUAAUUAUGUGCCAACUGGUUGGAGACAUUUCAAACAUCACCGCCAUCAUGACAGCACUGGCCCGGCGGGAUAUUCUGUAGGGAAGACUGAGAGAUUGAGUGUCACUGCACAGGCUCACACCUCCACCAUGUUGCAGAAACGUCAGCCUGCUGAACUCAUACCAUUCCAAGGGCUACGUUUAUGUGGAAACAUUCUAACAACAUUACGACAGCAUUAUGUCGCCCGACCCAUGUUAGUGCCCAGGGAAACCAUGGCUCCUGAUGUCAUUACUGCCUCAGCAAUGCAUGCAAAUGGAUGGGGUUCAUUUUUAGGUGGAACGGUAUUGAAAAAUGAUUGUCAUGCUACCUGCUGAGGACAGUUUUACAUUACUCUCCAAUUGACGUAAUAUUGUUAGCCUGCCUUCUGAACUUUAAAUUUGUCUAACAUUCCCUCCAAGAGACACUAAAACAAAUGAUGCAUGUCAAGUUAGGUGAUGCAGCCAUCAAGUUUCCCCAGCCAUUUGUGUUCAAGUUGGACAAUAACAUCCACUAAGCGUAGAGUUUUACAAAGGAGGUGUUUUGUAUACUUAAUACUCACAUCCAACUACAAGUUUUGGUAUUUGUGUCACUGAACAAUAAGAAUGCCAGCUGUUUAAAUCCUAGCACUUGUGUUUAACGCUUUGCAGUUUUAAGGAAUAAGGAUUUGCUACCUUCAGCCAUUUGUAGACUGAUCCAACACAAAUUAUCCAACCAAUGAUAGACUAAAUUUGUUGCUUUAUAUGUCUCACCUAAAGUUCAUUGUGUCCAGCAGCGCAUUAGGCCUGAACUAUUUGUUUCAAGCCACAUGUUUUAAAGACCCUCUGAUCUACCACUGUGCUUAGUACACUUAAAACUGAGCAGUUCAUCCUUGCCUUGAACUCACGUAACCAACAAUCUUUGUCAAAUAAUCUGCAUGGAUCCUCUGCAGUCUGUCUGGAACUUCUGUAAAACACAAAAAGCUAAUUUUCCUUUUAGUGGAUGCAGAUUUACUAGCAACCCUUUGUGCGGGGGUCUACUGUCUUCGUUGCUUGCGAGUAUGUUGAAAUCAUGUGUUAUGAAAGAUGUCAUUGCACUGGUCGCAAUGUACAUAUUCCCAGUCCUCAUCUGCUGCACUGCUUUUGUUCAAUGUGAAAAAUGUGAAGCCAACACAAAACAAGCUGUUUUAAGUGUGCAUGUUCCGAUGUUCAUGAGUUUGUCUGUAAUGCUGUGUUCACUCCAGACCGAAUAGAGCAUCUGUCGCGAAUGAUUUCAAUGUUAAGUCAAUGCAAAGGUGCAUUUACACGCGUCUGGAGGUCUCGCGGUGCGAAUGAGGCCGGUGACACACUAGCUGCGUGGUGUGAGCGUGGCGUCUCUGCUUCGCGUUUUCUGUGUCUUUACACACCAGAAGCGGGCCUGACGCGGCGCUGGUGCGCUGCUGUAGGUGACAGAGGGAGGCUGCCGAAAGAUCAGGAUCUUGUCUUCACGACAAAAAAUAUUUCAUGUUGAGCAUAAAUAUAAAGCCUACUGAUAAAGCACACCGUCAACAGUAUUGACGGCAAAAUAGACUAUGUUUAACAGGUGCAAUAUGCCAGUGUGUCACUGGCCUACUGUUUUCAAAAGGCAUCACACGAGUGUGAACGUCACUACAACUAGGGAAAAAAAGAUUGUAAUUGAAACGCAGCUCCCGUCGGCAUUUAAACAGACCUUUGCUCUCAAUUCUGAUCGGUCCAACGCAAUAACGACAUCUGAGCAGGUCUAAAAACUGAAACUGUUGAUGCUGCAUUUUACACUUUGCAAAAGUUAUAUAUAUUUUUUAAAUAUGAGCAGGCCUACAAGCCGGGAUUGGUAAUGCUGCACUUUAAUCAUAGUUAUUUAUAUUUCUCAUUAAAUUUUAUUAUGUGAUAUUGGUUUGAGACGGAGUAUUUUAUUUCUUAUUCUUUAUUUAUAUAUACUUUGUUAAAUAGUAUAAAAAAAAAGUGUAAACAAAUUGUUAAAGUUCAUAGUAAUAAACAACCUGCAGUUUAAUGUUUGCAUUUUUUUCCCUUACAGUACCGAUAAUGAACCAAACCGUGAUUUUUGCAUACCGUUACACCCCUAAUCUGAAUAAAUGUCAACCUUUAGACUUUCAAACAUCAAAGUGUCAUGAAUUAAUAUGUAUUUGUGUACAAAAUUACAUUUUCCUAUUCUAUUUUGCCUGGUAACGCUUCCAACACGCUUGCGGCAUGCCGGCAUGAUGCUGUGUUCAGACCAAACACGAAUAGAGCGUUUGGCGCGAAUGAUUUCAAUGUUAAGUCAAUGCAAAGGUGCGUUUAAGCACGUCAGGAGAAACGCGCACAUUUUUUAAACAGAAGCUGUCUUUAUAAAUAAACCGCAUAUUUGAGUUUAAAACAACUACAUUCUCACCUGAAAUACUUUUAAAACUACAUUUCAUGACACAAUAACAGUUAUAUUUAGAAAAUUAUCCGAAAAAAAUUGCGGUUGAAAAUGCUGAGUGAACUCAGCUGGCAAGAAGCCCCCCCCCCAUGACGCGAAUUCGCGUGAAGUUAAUAUCGAAUGAAGCGAAUGAUCUCAAAAUGUUCAAGUGGCAAACUAGACACGAAUUUGACACUCUCUUGGCAUUUGGUGUGAACACACCUUGAGACAUUUAGAGCGGUGCGGAAUAUGCGAAUGAUGCAAAUUGACGCGCGAAUUGAGAGUUUCGUGCGAAGUCUAGCGCGUCUGGAGGUCUUGCGGCGUGAAUGAGGCCUUUAGCGUGGCGCGGAAGACGCAAAUUCGCCUCAUUUGCGGGUCUAGUUCUCGCGAAACGUGCAAAUGUUGUUUUUUCUGCAUUUGAUGUGAAUUCGCGUCUUCCACUCGAGUUGAAAAAUUAAAUUAAAAAUAAAUAAACUGCAUAUUUGAGUUUAAAACAACUACAUUCUCGCCUGAAAUACUUUUACAAAAUUACAUUUCAUGACAUGAUAACAGUAAUAUUUUGAAAAUUAUCAGAAUAAAAUGGCGGUUGAAAAUGCUGAGUGAACUCAGCUGGCAGAAGCCCCCCCAUGAUGCGAAUUCGCAUCUGUUGUGAAGUUAAUUUCACACGCGAAUGAUCUCAAUGUUCAAGCGGCAAACUAGGUGCGGUAGAUGCAAAUUUAAUGCUCUAUUCGCGUUUGGUAUGAACACAGCAUCAAAAUGUUCAAGCAGCAAACUAGACGCGGUAGACGCAAAUUUGACACUCUAUUUGCGUUUGGUGUGAACACAGCAUAACCCUUCAGGAUGAUAGUAAGUUCGAAACUGUACUGGACAUACAACCUAAAGUAACAGAUUUAGAAAUAUAUAACAUUUCAUCCAAAGAUUAUCCAGAAAUUACAUAAGAAAUUCAACCAUUUAUUGGCACACAUGGGAUAUGAAUAUUGAAUAAUAUAUGAUUAUAAAGGUAUGCAUCUUACACAUGCUGUUAGUAGGGAUGGGUAUCGUUAAGGUUUUAACGGUAUUACUACUCUUACCGAUACUACUUAACGGUCCGGUACUUUAACGGUAUUCUUAUCGGUACUUUGUGUUGUGUUAGGCAGUUGAAAACGUUGCAUUUCUCUGUCUGAACAUAAUGCACUUUUGAAAGAUGCAUUGACAGAUUGCUUGUGUUUCCGCCCUUACAUGCAAAAAUUUUGUUGCACUUAUGACAACCAGCGUUGUCUGCAUCAACUCUAGUGAAGUAUAACCACACUUUGGAAUGUUUUGCUGUCUCCGCCAUCGUCACUCUUGGUAUUAAGCCGGAGUUUUCGUAUUGUAGGGGCCAUUCACAUAUCGCGUCUAAAACGCGUGGAAAACUCUAGGCACGCUACUUUCUGAUUUUUUUUCCCCAAAGCCUUCGGGCACUUGCGCUCCAGAGGAGUCUGCCUUUGCUGAGCAACCAUGACCUGCUCUCUCCAUGAAGAUGCGAAAAUUUCAGCAAUGGAUAAAUGGAUUUGUAGCACUGCUACUAAAUUAAUUUAAAAAGCCACAUACAGUUAUCAGCUGUUCCUUCAUCUUGGCUGAGCUUUCAACGUGUUUACGGAAAAGGUGAGGAAGCUACAUGACCUGCGGUGCGCUUGCGGCAUUCUGAAAAGCUGAGAUGUUUUUAACUCGAUGCGGUUCGGACGUGCCUGGAAAAAACGAGCUUGUCGCACAGCGUGCGCGUCGCAACUGCGUCACUUCCAUUAUGAGCGCGCAUAUCACGCGCCUACAUUUGAAAUUACGAACUUGAGCGUGCAAAAGACUUGAUAUGUGAACGGCCUCUUAUUAUGCGUGUGUGUGCGCCGCGCUCGUUCUUGUUGUGGUGUGUGUGACUGACUGACAGUCCCGCGGCGCGCAUGAGAGAUCUCGCAGAUCUCACAGACAAACGUCUUAAUAAUAUCGCAAAUUAGAAAUGUUUGGUAAUAUAAAAUGUGCACGAUAAAAUUAAGCAAAUCUCUUCGCCACCGUCACUCUUUAUUAUUAAACGGGAGUUUUCAUACUGUUAUCAUGUCUGUGUGUGCGCUGCGCUCGUUGUGGUGUGUGUGUGUGUGUGUGUGUGUGUGACUGACUGACAGACAGGCUCCGCGGCGCACAUGAGCGUUCUCGCAGAUCUCACAGACAAACGUCUUAAUAUGAUCGCACAUUAGAAAUGUUUGGUGAGCUAAAAUGUGCAUGAUAACACUAUUAAGCAAAAAUAUAUAGUACAUUAUUUUCCCCCCCAGUACAGAAAGCAGAACCGAUACCGUCAGAUCUUACUGAUACUACGGUCUUUCAUAAUUUAGCCCCGGAGCCAUUUUAAUACCGGGUUUCGGUACCCAUCCCUAGCCGUUAGUGCUGUCCAAGAGUCCAGUUUUGUUUAGAUAUGUGUUGUAUGAUUUAAAUUUCAUGUACAGUAAUGGAAUAACUUGGUUAUAAACAUCCUCAUAUAACAUGAAAGGUUGGAUUAUUGCUAAAUUUGUCAAUUAAAAUAAAAACAGAUUAUUGAUAUGUAGCUGACUUCGGAAUAACAGUAUCAUGAUGCAAAUAAUUCAAAACUGUGAAGAUACAUUUAUUUUAAAGAAACUUUAUAGUUACUUUAUUUUCUUACGGAGUACAUUUAUUGUGAAAUCCCUAUCUGCUAUUUUGUGCUAGAGAGAUAAGUCAUAAUGUAUCUGUAUCUAUGUCCUUGCCUUUGCAAAAUAGCAUUGCUUUGAUAAGCUAGCACAAAAACCGACAAGGAUAAAUCAUUUUUAUGUCAUGUUAUUAGGGGUGCUCCGAUCAUGAUCGGCCGAUCGUUAUGCGCAUCUCGUCAGUAAAGCCGGUUUUCUAAUCAGCGGUUAAUUCCAUCAGG